AUGGAGAAGAAGGCUAUUCAUUUCGGUGGUGGUAACAUCGGCCGUGGCUUUGUGGCUGAGUUCCUACACACGGCUGGUUAUGAAGUGGUCUUUGUGGAUGUCAUGGACAAGAUCAUCGAAGCCCUGCAAAGUACCAAGUCAUACCAGGUCACUGAGGUCAGUGAUGAGGGCGAAACUACUAAGACCAUCACCAACUACCGUGCAAUCAACUCCAAGACACACGAAGCCGAUGUCAUCAAGGAGAUCUCUACUGCCGAAGUCGUCACCUGUGCCGUAGGCCCCAACAUCCUUAAAUUCAUCGCACCUGUCAUUGCCAAGGGCAUCGACGCACGCACUGACCCUACACCACUUGCUGUGAUUGCUUGUGAGAACGCUAUUGGCGCUACGGAUACUCUACACGGGUUCAUCAAGGACAACACUGCUGCAGACCGUCUCGACUCUAUGUCAGACCGGGCUCGCUUUGCCAACUCUGCUAUUGACCGUAUCGUCCCUGCCCAGGCUGCGGACGCCGGGCUCAAUGUCCGCAUCGAGAAGUUCUACGAGUGGGCGGUCGAGUCCGGUCCUUUCGGCGAGCGUGGCCCUCCGAAGAUUGACGCCAUUCACUGGGUCGGUAACUUGGAGCCCUACAUCGAGCGCAAGCUGUUCACCGUCAACACCAGUCACGCCACUGCAGCAUACUAUGGAUAUAACGCCGGCAAGAAGACUAUUGCUGAGGCUAUGAGGGACGAGUACAUUCGCGGCAUUGUCCGGGAUGUUCUUCAAGAAACCGCUGCCUUGAUCGUUGACAAGCACGAAAUUAGCUCCACCGAGCAGCAAGAAUACGUGGAAACGAUCAUCGCCCGUAUCUCCAACCACUACUUGGAAGACAGCGUCGAGCGUGUGGGCCGUGCCCCCGUCCGCAAAGUUUCUCGCAAGGAGCGCUUCAUCGGCCCAGCAGCACAACUUGCUGAGCGUGGUGGAAAGUUCGACUCAUUGCUAGGAUCUGUGGAGAUGGCUCUGCGCUUCCAGAAUGUAGAAGGUGACGAAGAGAGCGUGGAACUGGCUAAGAUCCUCAAGGAGAAUUCGCCUGCCGACGCUGCUGUCCGAUUGACCGGCUUGGACCGAGACCACCCUCUAUUCCCCCAUGUGGUCAAGGUCGUAGACGGUGUACAAUCCGACGCAAAGACAACCGCGCAUCUGAUGGAUAUCGCAUUGAAUUGA